AAUAAUUGGUACAGGAUGCUAUAGUUCAUACAAAUAACUUGGACAGGAAAUUUUUGGGAGUUGCUGGGGUACUCUCACUUUAUAAACCUGUUGUACAACCCAAUCAAUGGUCUACAGCGCGAAUUAAGCUUUUAAAUGGUGACAAUAGCUUUGAAGCCGGAUGGAUGGUAAAUCCUGCGAUAUUCAAGGAUAAUGAAGCACAUUUGUAUGCAAGUUUCACUACCGGGGGAAAAGGAUGCAUAAAUCAAUGCCCAGGUUUUGUUCAAGUGGCUGAAGACAUGCCUUUGGGUGUAGUCCCAAGCAAGUACUCUGAAUAUGGAGGACAACAACAGGCUUGGGAUUUAUCAAUUAUCAAGCGUCAAGAUGAUGGAAAUUGGUGGUUAUCAUUUACUCGUACAAGAGAUAAAAUUGAAAAAGAUGACAUUGGAUACUGGCCCAAAGAAUUAUUUACUUCACUGAAAGAAUUUUCCAAUCAAGUUGAAUGGGGAGGUGAGAUUUUUAAUCCCGAGCUUAGUACUCCUCCUCCUGAGAUGGGCAAUGGAAGGAGGGCAAUCUAUGAUGCUCAAUAUACAGCAGCAGUAUUUAAUGCUACAUAUGUCAAUGAAAGUUAUGAGAAUGUGGUAGACCCUGAAGAUACUCAUAAGGUUUGGGAAUGUGAAAAAUCAUAUACUGUUAAAGAUGGUGGUUUUACAUCAGAAUAUUUAGGCCGAGUGAUAUAUUAUGGAGGCCCAAAUAAUCCUUUGAUGUUAUAGUGAUUUUGUAAAUUUUAUCAUUUAUCAAUAAAGAGUUUUAGUUUUUCAUUACAGUUGGUCUUGCUAAAGCUUACAUACUCUAAUCAUCAUGUUUCAACAAUUGGGUUUUAUUAGUAUUAUUUUCUUCAACAAUUUUUUUUUUUUUUUAAUAUUACUCCCUUCAUCCUUUUAUU